CUGGUAGAUUUAAAAUAACAUCGGUAUGUCAUAAUAUAACGGAAAACUAAAUUCUUUUAUUGUGUUUAAAAAUGCUAAGCAUAAUUAUUUAACUUAUUUUCAUAAAUAUAUUACACAUUAUUUAUAUCUUAAGUGAAUGAUAGGUGUGUGUCAAGCGGUGUAACAAUGUCUAUUGCUGGAAAUACGCAACAAUUACAGCAAGAUUUACAGAAUGAACUGACAACUGCCAACCAACUCUUGAGACUUAUAACAAUAGAAUUACAAAAGAUUAAAAAAAUUACUAAUCCUGGCGGAGAAUUGGAAACAAAUAUUAAAGAGAAUACUGCAAUAAUGGCUACACUGGCAAAUAUACAACAUAUAAGUAUAUCUAACUUGCCUCCAUUGAAACAUACGGAGCUAGAUAUGACCCAACAGACAACACAGAAUAUGUCAUACCAGCAACACGACAGUUUCAGAAGUAUGGAUGAAUCUUAGAUACAUUUACAAUAAAAUGAUUGUUAUUUAAUAUGUAAUUGUUAAUAAAAUACAGGUAAAAAACA